AUGGCGACCUCCCUUUUAGCCCCAGUGGCCUACAUAUCUGUGCUCGUCACAGCUAUGGCCAUUUUCUCCAGGAUAUACAGACGGAGAAAGGCUGUCGCCAAGACAUCGUUCACCCCGUACUUUUCCACCCACCCUGCUCGUGAUAUCUACGUGUCCCUCCUCUCCAACUCUCCCCCGACUCCCGACAACUUGCUGAAAUCCGCUCUUCUCGCGCGUGCCAUCGUCGACAUUCAACGACUCGCCCAGCUUCGAGAUGACAAGAUGGCCCUGAACAAUCUCCACACCCGUGGGCUCAUUGGAGAUGACACUAUGGACCGACUCGCGGCUGCCGAGAAGGAGCUGGAAGCCGAAGUGUUGGACGUGGUCUCAGAGGCGAACUCGUUCAAGCAGGGGUGGGGGCAAUUCGUCUUCGGGACUGCUUCAGAAGCUGCUCAAGCGGAAAAGACCAGGAAUACGGUGAUGAAUAUGCACGUCAUCAGGCAGAUGGAAGAGAAGCGUCUUGAGCGACGAAACAAGUAUCUCAACCUCUCGAGUACUGCCCAACUCCCAGCUACCCCCAAUGCUCCUGCUGUCAUCACUCCAGAAGCUUCAACACCAUCCCCUCAGGCCCUUCCUGAGGUGUCGCAGGAAGCACCAGUCGCAAAUCAGGCGACCGCCACGGCCUCGGAGGGUGUCGCCUCUCCCAAUGGCAAGGCUAGUGUGGGGAAGAAGAAGGGAAAGAAGAAGUGA